AUGGCUUGUUCCAAAGGGUUGAGUGAGAGAUUGAAGGAAGAUAGGAUAAGCCAGUUACCUGAUCUUUUGAUCUGUCACAUACUCAAUCAUCUUCGGACUCAUGAAGUUGUUAGGACAAGCGUUUUGUCUUCCAGAUGGAGAAGUCUAUGGCUUUCGGUUCCUAGCUUAGAAUUGGCACGUUGGAAAUUCCCAGAUUUCAUCUCCUUUAUGAGUUUUGGCGACAGGUUUUUCCAUUCCGAUAGGGCUACAUGCAUACAAAAUGUGGAGUUAUCUCUUGAUAGAAAUGAUGCAUCUUAUCUCGCAUCAUGGAUCGACGCCUUAACUAAACGCAAAAUCCAACGUCUAUCUGUUGAGAGGGGUUUUUAUCAUAAGAUGCCACUAAGCCUUUACGUCUGUGAGACACUUGUACACUUGCGACUCCAAUGGGUCACCUUUGUCAGUGCGGAGUUUGUUUUCUUACCUUGUCUGAAAACUAUGUACUUGAAUUCUGUUCGGUAUCAUAAGGAGGCCACUCUUGAGAGACUUGUCUCAUCCUGCCCUGUCUUGGAGGACCUAGAUAUUUUCACUUUUGGGGGUGAAGCAAAUAUCUUACGGGUGCACUCUCAGUCACUGAAGAGACUCACUUUAGUACGUCGUUUUUCUUUCGAUCCUACUACGGGAAUUUUGAUUGAUGCUCCUCAACUAGGCUAUUUGAGCAUCGAUGAUGACUUAUCAGAAAGCCUUGUAAUAACCAAUAUGGAUGCCAAUUGCAAGUUAGUUCUUGUCUUUCGAUCGAUUAGUUUUGAUGAAGCAAGUCUUGCAUCACAGAUUAUAAAUAGAUUCCAUAGUUUUCUCCCCGGGAUUUCUAAAGUCAGGGAUAUGAUCAUAGAUUUAGCCGCUUUCAAGCUCAUCUGUGAAUACUUGAAGACAAAACCAUUGCCUCGGUUUGGUUACAUGACCCGUCUGCAUGUAACUCUAUGCUGUUCCCCUUUGGAAUGUUUACUAACCUUUCUUGAGAGCUUCCCAAACUUGAAAUCCCUGAGCUUGGUAUUCGAUUAUGACAAAAGAUCGGCUCCUGAUGAGACGAAUCAAAUCAUAUUUUCACCUGUGCCUGAGUGUUUGCUAUCUUCUCUGGAAUUUGUUGAUUUCAGAAUCAAAACCUGGGAACGUCUUGUAGCUAUGAGGCUAGGAAGGUACUUCCUAGAGAAUUCGGCAAUACUCAAGAAUCUCACUCUAUUGACUAGUCAUUCAAGAUUACAAAAGUCUGCUUUCAAGGAACUCCUUAAAAUGCCAAGAGGCUCUACCGAAUGUGAAGUCGUCCUUGACUGGUAA